GUUAUAUAUCUCAUAACAUUGACAAUAAUUCUUACAACCAAUUUUACAAAUUCACAACUAUGGCGAUCAAUAACUCAUCAAAGACUCAAAUUCUUUUCAUUACCAUAAUUUCCUUCCUAAUUUUGGCUCAAAAUGUAAACUCAGCUUCAUUUGCUUUCUCUAAUUUCGGGCCAUACACAAACAACAUUCAACUUGAAGGCAAUGCCUUCACUUCAAACGGGUCCAUCUAUCUCACAAAUGCUUUCGUCCCAAAUAGCGCUGGUAGAGCCUCUUAUGCUGCACCAGUGCAUCUUUGGGACGCAGAAACUGGUAAUCUCGCGGAAUUCAGUUCCGUUUUCUCUUUUGUAGUUGCACCAAGCGGCCCUGGACUUUUUGGAGAUGGAAUCUCCUUCUUCCUUGCGCCAUUCAACUCACACAUACCUAAAAAUUCAAGUGGUGGAUUCCUUGGACUAUUCAACGCCGAAACCGCUUUGAAUUCCUACCAAAAUCAAAUAGUUGCCGUCGAACUCGAUUCCUUCGGAGGAAAUUCUUGGGAUCCUGUUUAUCCUCAUGUUGGCAUUGAUGUAAACUCUAUUGCGUCGGUAACAACAACGCCGUGGAAUACCGGAAGUGUUGUUAAUAAAUUCACUGGAUUUGCUUUUGUGAAUUAUGAGCCUGUGACAAAAAAUUUAAGUGUUGUUGUAAGAUACCCUGAAAGCUAUAGUGUGAAUGGGACUUCAAGUAGUGUUUCAUUUGUGAUUGAUUUGAGGACUGUGUUACCUGAAUGGGUUAGAGUUGGAUUCUCUGGUGCCACUGGACAACUAGUUGAAUUGCACAAGAUUCUUUCUUGGAGUUUUAGAUCAAGCUUCUAGUAAUGUCACUAUAAUGGAACAUUUAUAUUUAUGUGUUUUUUCAGAAUAAAUAUAUAUAUAAUUUGAUAUUUGGUUAUUUUAUAUUUGUUUGUAUUGAAAUGUAAUGCUUAUUGUACCGUGCAAUGCAAGGCAUUGAGUAUAAGUAUUAAUAGUUGAGGAACAAAGGAUAUUAUUAUAUACAAAUAUAUUUAUUGAAUAA